AUGCGCGAAUUCGAGACUAUAAAUUUCCACGAACACGAAGUCGUUAAGCUCGACAUGCCCCACGACGAUGCCUUAGUCAUCACGUUGGAGCUUGCGGGCACCAUUUUCUCGAAGAUCCUCGUCGACUCCGGGAGCGCCGUCAAUGUCAUUUCACAAACGACACUGCGAUCGAUUAGCCAACCGACCCUAGUAAUCGAUCACGAAAUGACUCUCCUCAAUAGUUUCGAAGGAAAGUCGGUUCAAUCGCUCAGGAUCGUGCCACUAACCACCAGAACUCAUAACGUCGAGCUCCAUACCCGGUUCACCGUAGAUGAUCAUUUCAUGCCCUUUGACGCCAUCAUAGGACGUCCCUGGCUACACCAGAUGAGGGCGGUCCCUUCGGUUUACCACCAAUGCCUGAAGUUUUUAUCACCGACCGGCGAAAAAACGAUACAUGGGAGCCAGAAACAAUCCCGAGCCUGCUAUAUGACCGGAUUCCGGAAGAUGCCCCCGCGACAAGAGAACGUAUCACUCGUCCGCGAUCUCACGGUAAAAGACCCCGCCAAAGACCUAUCGAGCAUCGUCGCUCUAGACGAAAGCUCUCAAGAAAAAGGCAUCAACAUCGGAAACGAUCUCCCUCCUGAAGUCAGGAACGACCUCUUGUCUCUCCUCAAGCAAAAUAUCAAAACAUUCGCAUGGUCCAUAGCAGACAUGCCCGAAAUCGACAUCAGUAUCACCUCCCACGACCUAAACGUCGACACAACGUUUAAGCCUGUCAAACAGAAACGAAGAAAGCUAGGACCCGAACGAGCCAAGACAGUAAACGACGAAGUGGACAAGCUCCUAAAAAUCGGUUCCAUUCGCGAAGUCCAAUACCCUGACUGGCUCGCAAACCCAGCCGUAGUAAAAAAGAAAAAUGGAAAAUGGAGAGUGUGCAUUGAUUUCAUCGAUCCCAACAAAGCAUGCCCAAAAGAUAGCUUCCCAAUACCACACAUCAACCGGGUGGUAGAAGCCACAGCUGGACACGAACUACUUUCCUUCAUGGAUGCAUUUUCCCGUUAUAAUCAGAUCCUCAUGAAACCCGACGACCAGAAAAAAACAAGCUUUAUCACUGAGCGGGGCACCUACUGCUACAAAGUGAUGCAAUUCGGAUUAAAGAACGCCAGAGCUACUUACCAAAGACUGGUAAAUAAGAUGUUCUCCACGCAACUUGGAAGAACGAUGGAAGUUUACAUAGAUAAAUUCUUUCAGUAG